AUGCUCAUUAAUAUCAUUUACGCAACUCUGACUUUACAUAUCAUUUUUAAUGAUUUCUUUGAAAUAAGCUUAUAAUCACAAAUCAUUAAUGGUCUACUUUUAUUUACAAUAGGAGUUUAAAUUUAUAGAUAUACAUUGCUAUGGGUAUUACAAAACAAAGAAUAAGUAAUCUUAAUUUUAUAAAAGGCUGAUUAUGUAUUCACAAAUAAAAUAAAACAAGUAACAUAAUUGGCUAGUAUUCCAGAGAAAUUGUUAGAGAAUUACAUUAUGCCAAUCUUAAUUGAUGCUAUAACCUUGAAAAACAUAGUAUGAUUUAAAUUUUAAAUUGUAGCCUCAUACUAUUGCUUUCUUUAUAGCAUUAUCAAUAGGCAUAUCCUAUAUAUCUAUAUUUUUAACUAAUAGAGCUGUUAGAAUUAUCUCAGUGAAUGGAUUAUAUGCAUUGUAUUAUCAUUAUAGUAAGAAUUAAUAAAUCUAUGAAACUAUCAUACAAAGAACUUAAAAGUUAGGUAAUGAUAAAUGGCAAAUAGUUUAUCAGAAAUUAUAAAAAUAAUAGAUGUGA